GCAAUCAUAUCAGCAGAGACACGUCUGCUCCAGGGUUAGUCACUGAAUUAAAGAAACAGAGACGUCUACAGUGACAGAGCUGACAACAAGCUUCCUGACAUCGAAGUCAGUUUGGCGUCGCUGCCAACUGGUCAAACAUGCUGAUCCCGAGCCACUCUGACAGCUUCGUCAGCGUCCACCGACAACACGACGAGCUUUCACGCCAUAAACUUGUGACGAAUCCGCCGUCGCUCGUCCUCUGCCUACAUUUACCUACAGCUCUGUCAUUGAGAAACAUGGCUGCCUCCAUGGGUGCUGCCAGCGCUGCUGCCUCCGACCCACAAGGUCCGGCUUCGGCUGGUCCCGGUCUGGACGGCUCAACUGUCCAGUACAGUAUGGUUCUGGACCAUCUCAUCGGGGACAAGAGGCCCAUUAAAGACCUGAGCCCCGGCGUCAUGGGGGGGCUGCCAGUGCCCGCUAAAAGCGACGAGCAGAAGAUGAUCGAGAGGGGAAUGGAGAGCUGCGCCUUCAAGUCGGUUCUGGCCUGUGUGGGAGGGUUUGUCCUCGGAGGAGCUUUCGGUGUUUUCACGGCCGGCAUCGAUACCAACGUCGGCUUCGACCCCAAAGACCCCCUGAGGACUCCGACAGCACGAGAAGUCCUCAAAGACAUGGGCCAGAGGGGCAUGUCGUACGCCAAGAACUUUGCCAUCGUCGGUGCCAUGUUCUCCUGCACAGAGUGCAUCAUAGAAUCACACAGGGGCAAAUCAGACUGGAAGAACGCAGUGUACAGCGGCUGUGUAACUGGAGGAGCUAUUGGAUUUCGCGCUGGUCUGAAGGCCGGGGUGCUGGGAUGCGGAGGCUUCGCUGCGUUCUCUGCUGCCAUCGAAUAUUAUUUGAGGUGAACCCCUGAAGUGUGGCUCCGUGGACCAGAACUUAAUCGAUGCACAUCUGGACGGGCCCCCGUGAGAAGAGAUGCUUGUGAAUAUUUGCCCGCACGUGACGGACUGAUGCACGCGGAAGUGACGGGUUCCUGUUUGUGUACGGUGGCGUUACAUGACGGCACAGUGGCCGGUAUGCAUUUCCCGGUGUUUCAUUACUUUAAACGCGGACGGUUUGAGCAAAGCGAGCAGAGUGGGUCUGCUUCUGUGUUUUGAAGGCACAGUGCUGAACAGGAGUCACCUUCACUCUGAGCCACAACCUCCUCAAAUCAGACUCGGAUAAACGCUGUUCUUGUUGUAGAACAUUGAUAUGUGUCGGUAACUAAUCCACAUUAGGAUUAUUUAUAUUAAAGAUGUUUUUUUUUAAUUAAUUUGUGCAUUCAGGACUGUUUUUUUCUUGAUGAAGUUCACUUGUGUACGUGACCAUAACAAUGUUUGCUGGCAUUUUAAUAGCAGCUUUGAUUAGAAUUAAUAUAAACAAUGUAAAUAUGUUGCCUUUA